AUGUUUUUUCGGUGUUUUAUGCAUUUUGUUUUUGGGCUUAUGUUAGGCCCAUGGCGUUUUUGUGGCCCAUUUUGAAUUUCAGUCUCUAUUUAUGUAUUGCUCUUAUAAUUCCAAUGGUCAGAAAUGAAUUUCGAGUUUAAUCACUUUUCACUUCAAAUUCUCUGCCCUUUGAAUUGAAUUUUAGGGGGUUUAAGGAAGAUCAUCACGGGUAUUCGCAGAAUCAACAUGAUUUGUUCUUUAUUAUCAUAACACACGCUACAUCAUAAACUUUAUUACUCGCAUAUGACUCUUGAAAUUAUGAUAGGACAUCAGUUAAAUCUUUUUCCUUAAUCAAUAAAUGGCAAUGGCUGUCUUUUUCUAAUUACUUGUUUGUGGAAAUCACAUGCACCAUUCACUUAUCACCAUGCACUACCUAUUGCCCAUCAACCUUUUUUUCUUCUUUUUGUAUGAUUAUAUCUUCCUACAUAUAUAUUUAUGCCCAAACAAUCCUCUUUCACAACCACACAUUACACAACACUCCAUGGGAACACUUGCUGGACAUCUAGUCCCCGGUUCGGCCCUAGCCCUCCUCGGCUUAUGGCACAUCUUCAACACGGUUCGGGCCUAUCACCUGAAAGGCCCGAAUCUGUUCAGAUCAAGCUUUUGGCACCCGUUUUCCAAGCUCAUAUACAUGGAACUCUUUCUAAUUGUUUCAUUCUCCAUAUUUUCCAUAGUUAUGCAAGUUUUGGACUACCCAUUGUUCUCGUUCGCGUUCAAGCUCAAUAACUACGAGCACGCGACUAUGUUCCUCCACCUAGUCAUAUUCGCCGGAUUCACCCUUGUAACCGAGAUCAAUCACAAAUCCGACAUGUGGUUUGAGGUGUCUGGAAUCCUUGCAGCUUCGGUUUUUGGCCAAGAGUUGUUCUUACUUCAUUAUCACUCGGCUGACCAUGUCGGGCUCGAGGGUUAUUACCAUUGGCUAAUGCAAUUAAUCGUGUUUGUAUCGCUAUUAUCCGCUAUAUCCACCACUAUAUUCCCAUCAAGCUUUCCUUCAUCACUUGUUCUUUCGAUAUCGGUUGUGUUUCAAGGACUGUGGUUCAUUAACAUGGGAUUUUUGCUAUGGGUUCCUGAGCUUGUCCCUAAAGGGUGCACCCUAAGGUUGGGUCAUGGUGGUGACAGUGACAUGCAUGGCGGGGUCAUAUGUGGGACCCACGACGCAGGUUUGAGGGCACGGGCACUCGCUAACUUGCAAUUCAGUUGGAUACUUGCUGGGAUUUUGAUAUUUGUGGGAUGCAUAUGCUCCUUUUUCCCCAAAAAGGUCGCGCCUCGGGCUCAGUCGAUCGAGUACGAACGACUUAAUAGCCGAAUCGCAGAGAUCCCGCUAUCGGUAGCUGGAUUUAAGCAAGUUAAUUACCAAUAAAUACAAUAUGUACAUGUAAGUUACGUAACAGUAACUAUGCAACUUAUGUAUACCAGAUGCAUAAUAAAUCGCUUCCAGACUUUAUAACAUAUAUAUGAUUUUUAUCGUA